AUGGUUCAACAGCCUUCACCAGAAGUUCGCGGGCCGGGUAACCCGCAAAUGUUGACAGUUUCCCAGGAGCCAUUUCGGGCACCGGCCGAAAUUCGCGGCCAGGGUGGUGCGAGAAAUUUUAUUCCUGUUUCGGUUUGCCGAAGCCACACCGGAGCUGCGACAAAACGACUGUCGCGAGCACUGCCACCAGCGCCGCAGAGCUGGCCGCCGUGCUCGGGUACACUACAUGUACCAGGCCAGGAACUGGUAGUGCAGCGACCGCGCGAAGAGGACGCCGAUCAGGUUCGACGUCGUCAUCACCCAGAAGACGUACUUGCCGCUUUCUGGGGAGAGUAUCACGUUUCCGGGGCUGAUGGUGGAUUUGUAGAAAACGAAUGCGUCCCUGAUAAAUCUGGUGGCUGGUUUUCCCGUGACAGAUUUAUCGGUCCAUUUGUACACCGCGAAAAACACGAGUGCGGCCGAGUGCGCGAGCAGCAGCGACGUGUGGAACUCGCGGCUGCGGAAAACGGCCUCCGGCACAAACUUCCAGUUGACCGUCCAGCGAUACAUGAACGCACGGCUGAAGUCGAAAGCGCUCUGCAGAAAAUGGGCUCUUGUGGACUCCGACGCGACCAGGAAGUCCCAGUUGAUGCCUGCCUGCACUGCACACCCGAAGCCAACCACCGCGAGCGUGUGCAGCAGGUUCUCGCCCAGGAUCAUGUACACCACCACCAGGUAGCCCGGAAGGUAGAGCAGAGCGUUCAUCUUGACGCUGACGGCGGAGCUGAGCAGCUGUGCGCUGAAGAAGGUGAGCGCCACGCCGAGAACGCUCUUUUUGCGCCGGAAAACCGCCGCCUGCUGCAGAACCACAAUGGUGGCCACCAUGAAAAACGUGGCAAAGCAGUCGUUGAACAGCCGCAGCACGUAGAUCGAGUGCAACCGUUUGGACAGACACAGAAAAUAGAGCACGUACGGCUGGAACCGCACGCGCGUCUGGAAAUAUGCCGCCAGCGUCAGCACAAACGUCGCCAGAUACAGAUACCUGAAAAUCUGCUGGCCAGCGUACACGUUGUCCAUCCCGUUGGUGAACCACUUCAUCCAGGAGAAUAUGUAGACAUGUCCGCCAGGAUACACAAUUGGGCCAGUAUCGCCGCUGAUCUUGGCGUAGUCGAGCUCUCCGGCCUCGAUUUGGCCGAUCUGCUGCAUGUAUGUGCUGUAGUCGAUCUCAGUGUAGGGGACAAAGUGGAUCACGGCCUUGAGAACAAGCGACUCUGCGACGGUCAGAAGGACGGCAAUUGGCAUGGAAAAGUCCGGGUUGUUGAACAGUGA